AUGUCAUCGCCCAAGAGAGUCGCAAAGAGGAAGAGGCCGGUGGAAGAUGAGACGGAAGAAGUCGUAGAAGCGCCCAAGGCCCAAACGACGACAUCCAAGAAGACUGCCGGAAGCCCGGCCAAGCUCAAGAGGGAGAACACCAUGGCGGCGGUGGUCAAGGAGGGCGGCCAGUUCCUCGACCGCGCCGCGGGCAGCCCGGCCAAGCGCGCCUCUUCCCGCCUCGCCACCUCUGCCAAGCCUUCUUCGUCCUCGCCCCGCCCCGCCAAACGCGCCAAGAAAACGACGAAGGCCGCUAAAGGCGAAGAGAAAAAGGAAGAAGUAGCGGAAGAGGAAGAGGAGGAAAAGGAAGAGGAGGAGGAAGUAGAGGGCAAGCCAGUCCCUCAGUUGGUGAAGGGAGGGUCGAUGUUGAAGGUGGCCAAGGAGGCCCAGCACUUCCUGGUGAAGGGGAGCGGCAGCCCGAUGGGCAAGACACGCAGCCAGAGCGCCAAGGCCAAGCAGGACGAAAGCGAGGCCAAGAAGAAGAAGAAGCCGGCCACGCCCAAGAAGCUCGUCAAGCAGUCGACCAUGGCCGACACCGCCAAGGAAGGCGCCGCCCUCCUCGAGAAGGCCGGUGGCAGCCCAGCCACCCGACUGCGUCCAACCAAGGCCGCAGCCAAGGGCAAGGGCAAGGCGGCCGCCAAGCCCGCGGCCAAGGGCAAGGGCAAGAAGUCCUCGUAA